UGAUUUUUAAUAAUGUUAUUCUUCAAAAUUCUUGGUUAUGGAAGAGUUCUUGUUGUGAAAUCAACAAGACUAUUUCUAUUUAUAAAAACACUACAGACAUUUACAUAUCUAAACGAAAUGAGUAAGGAUAUAAAAUUAUAUCAAAUAAUAUAUAUAUUAUAUAGAGAAAAGUACAAACUUUCAACUCAAAGUUGUAAGCCUAGAACUUUAGAGUAACUUUAGUCUUUAGAAACUUAAAUAAAUAAUUCACUUAAAGUUAAAGACCAGACUUAUUUUUUGAAUUUGUAUUAUUAGUUUAGUUGGUUUAGUAGAUAGUACUUAUUAACUUAUUACUAAAUUAUUAGUAAACAUUAGUAAAAUUACUUUACUUUAGACUUUAAAUACUUUUAAAUUAAGUUAAUUAAGUUUAAAACUUCAACAUACACAACUUGCUACUUGAUUACUAAAAAAUUACUUGCUGGGGCUGCUUUAUUAAAAUAAUAUAAUAUAAUAUAAUAAUAGAGUUAAACUUACCAUGAUUCAUGAUUUGACUAGUGCUCACACUCACACAUCACACUGUCUUAAAAAUUGAUUUACAAUUUCCAAAGAAAGAUUAUGAAUUUUAUUUUAACUUUAUUUAUCUAUCAGGGCAAAAACUAAAUAAAAAAUACAAGUACAAGCAAUGAGUGCAGAAAAACCUAAUUCAGAAAAGGAUUUAAGCAAAACCCAAACACAAGAAAAGGCUGAAACUGAAAAAGUGUUAGUGGCGAAAACUCAUUUCAAAAACAUUAAAAUUUUAAAAACGUCACCUGAAGAAACACAAAGUCAUCCCGAGGAUCACUCUGCUCAAUGUGAAAGCAGGGAAAUUAGUGCUCAUCAUGACUUCUCAUUUCAGGCUUCAAAUGAAAUGAUGUGUAAAUCAGUCUCCACCAUGAAACAGAAUAGUAAAGUUAGUAGCUACAGUUCUUUGAAUUGUGCUGAUGAACAUAAUUUGGAGAAGGAACAAUGUGUGGCAAGAAAAUUCAGUCCUGUUAAAAAAUUUACAUUUGGAGUACAGUCUACUCAUUCUAAUUCUUUGCUGCAUCAUAAGGAAUUUGAGCCAAAAAGACAUAUAGUGAAUGUAAUAGCAUUGCCAGAUGAUGUGUUGUUCCUCAUUUUUAAAAAUUUAAGGCCCAUUGACUUGUGCAGGUUAUGCUCUGUAUGCCAGAGGUUUUUUAUUUUAGCCUCAAAAGAUUCAGUAUGGCUUCAUCAUGCAAGGAAGGUGCCAAUUAAUAUCGAAAAGUCUUCUUUUAAAUGGUAAAUUGAAUACAUUUUCACAUUUAUUAUUUGUUAAAAUUUGUUCUUUGCUUGUAUCUAUACAUAUAGAUUAAGAAAUUUAUCGUUAAUUAUUGAGUGAACUUAACACUUAACCUCUUUACCACAUAAUCUAUCCACAUUUCAUAAAUUCUUAAAAAAGGACACUUCACUUCCUGAAUCGGCAGUCCACGAAAUUUGAUAUUUUAAAGCAUUUUAAUCAGUAAAAUACUAUUGCUAUUAUAAAAUUGCAUUAUAAUUAUUUUUUCAGAUUAUAUUUCAACUUCAAGUUAUUUUAUUUAUCUAAAUUUUUUAAAUAUUUUUUUAAAAAUAACCUUGUCUGUUGAUGUUUGAGAAAUGAGUUCUUAAAGUUUAAUUGUAACAGUGAAUUAUUUUAUAACAUUUUUUAUAGUUAUGUUAAUUUUUUUAGCGUUAGAAUUCAUAAUAAUUACCUGUAUUAAUAAAAAGUUAAUAUCUAUUUUUUAAGAAUUUAAAAUUUUAUUUAAAGGCAAUACCCUUCUGUUAAAGAGUUUUAUCGAGUAGCAACUAACUGGCACCUGGGAAAAUAUAGAGAGGUAUUUGCUGUUAAAUCACAUUAUAGAGAUAAGUAAGUAUUAAAAAUUUUUAUUACAUGUAAUCUAUCAUUUGGAAUUUUCUUACAUUCAAGUUUAAAUAUUUCACUUUUAAAGAAAAAAAUAAAUAUUUUAAAAGCCUGUUACUCUCACUCUCUUCCCUUUUUCUUCAUUUAAAUUUAUAUCUCAUUUAUUAAGCUUGUGCAAAAACGUUUAAAGGUCUACUGGUCAGGUCAUUUGAAUUGCAGUCCCUCAUGCAAGGGGUAAGAGGACUGCAAAUCAGAUCCCACCCAGUAUCACCAUCACCUAGUGUAGCAGAAACCAGUUUUUUGUAAUCUUGGAAGCACUGAGCUUAAACACUUCAUGCCCCACCAUUCAAGAGGCUCCUCCUCCGGCCAAGGUCACCUUAUCUACAGCUUCCAAUUAUGUUGCAGAGUAACCUAGCUAGGUGUCGAAAUACUAAAAUUAGAGUAAAGCAUUAAACAGAAUUAACAAGGCACAAUAUAACCAAGUUAUUGCCAUCAUUGUUUUAAGGUUGAUCCCAUGGAUUCAGAAAACAGAUGACAGUUUGUGGUUUUCAUAUGGCAGCAAAAUAUGUAACUUUACAUACCAUCCUUCUGGUAAUAUUCAUGAACAGAAAGCCAGAUGUCUGUUAGGCAUGAAAGGGGAUGUUACCAGAUUUUCUGUGAAAAACAAUUUAGUUAUCAGUGGAUGUAGGUAAGAAUAAUUAUAGAGGAUUUUUAAAAAUAAAAAAUUAGACUCCUGCACUAUAAUAUUUACUGAAUUGACCAAGAAACUUUGUAAAUAAAAUGCAAAGCCACUGACAAAAUAUUUUAGAUAAAGCAACUUUAACAAAUUAACAACUUAAGAAUUUUUGAACAUUUACAGAGAUGGCAGCAUCUACUCUUGGGAUACUUCUGGAAACCAACUUUUCCACUAUAAGCACGUUCACAACAGUGAUACACAGUGUGUAGAUUUCACCGAUAAUGUUGUUAUUUCAGGAUCCAGAGAUGGUACAUGUAAGGUAAGUGCAGCAAUAAUAACUAUUAUCAAAGUCAUAAUUCUUAUAAUAUAUACUUUGCCUUUGAAGUUUUUUUAUUAUUUUUCACUUUUCUUGUUUAAAUUUCUCUAGAUUUUGCAACUAGAUUCCUCUUCAAAUGAUGAUGUAGUGUUGCGCACUUAUGAUGCAGGAGAGAGAGUUUGGUGUCUCAGCAUAUCUCCAUGUCAAAGGUUUGAGUUAAUUUAUACUCUUAACAUUUGUUAUCAUAAGUCCUUAGAUAAAUAUUUAAAAAAAUUUUUUUUAAAUUUACAUAAAAAUUUCUAUUGGUUAGUUUUACUUGAGUUUUUUUAUUAUACUUGUCAUUAAAUUUAAGUAUCUUUUCUUGUUUGCGUUAUUCUUUAAUUUUUUAUUUUUUUUUGCAGCUUCUUUGCAGCUGGGUUAGCAGGUUGCCUGGAUGAUCCGCCAGUUGUUCUUUGGGAUUUAGAAAGGUUCACUUUAUAGAUUUCUUUAAUUCAGAUGAAUAUAUUAAUUUUUAUUGUUAAAAAUAGUAUUUAAGGAUAAUUAGUGUUCUUAACAAUUACUAAUGUAAAAUUAUAUGCCUCUGUUCACAGCUCUCAUUGUCUUGGCCACUUAAGUGUUAAUCACCGGCGUGGUGCAGGAGUCUAUGAUCUCAAGUUUGAAUCUCCACAUGAAUUACUCACUUGCGGUUAUGAUACCUUUAUGAGAUUGUGGGAUUUACGUAUUCAAAAAUGGUUAGUAGCUUACGUUGUUAGUGUCAGGUUAAUUUUGUAAAGUUUUAUGUUACAAUUUUUACAAUAAGGACUAUUGGAACUAGCCAACAAAAGUCCUAAAUAAAAUCAAGUUAUUAUUUUUAAUUUUAACCAAUUAUAAUAUAUCUUUGAGGAAUACUUAUCUUUAAAAAAUAAUAUCAAAACAAUUCAACCUGGGAGAAACUAAUGUGGAAAAUGGUUUUUGUAUUUAUUUUGGUUAAAGGUGAAUUUUACCUAUUGUUGACCUUCAAAGAAAACAUCUGAAAUCAGUAUUACAGUACAACUGUUUUUUGGCUAGCUAAUUUUUUUUUUUUAAACUUUCGUUUGGUUACUUUAAUGGGCUUUUUAAAAUAUCAGCUUCAUUUUUGAAUAUCUUUAAAUUUGUGAAAAACAAGCCUUAAGGUAAGUUACAUUUCUUGCUAGUGUCAACCAGUGGGAAGAGCCUUAUGAUUCUGCACUUUACUGUAUUGAAACAGACAACAAUACCCUGGCUGUUGGGACAGCUAGACAUGGCAUGGUGCGAUUAUGGGAUAAGCGAAAAAUGGAGCCUUUGCAGGUUAUUAUUAAGGCAUUUAAUUAAAAAAAUUUUACUUAUUUACUUUGAUUUGUAAGAGGAUUUUUAAAAAAAACUUAAAUUGAUAAAAUGAUAUAAAAAAUUUAAUCUGUGGGCUGAAGUGGAUCCUAUUUAUAGACCUGAGAAGGCCGGAAUGUAGGCUGAUGUGCUGCCUUAUUAGUCUGAAGUUUUCUGAAACCAUCUUUUGUACCAUGCAGUACUGAUGAUAAAUAUGAGAUACAAUAGAACCAUACUUUGAACACUUAAUACAAUAUAAUCAGUUCCUUGGUGUGCAUUUAAAUUUGUCUCACCACUAUAUCGCAGGUGUACUACAGUAACAAGUGCAACAGCCCUGUUUAUUCUCUUGCUAUGGACUAUGGACACCUUUACCUGGCACUUGAUCUAGGACUAAACUUAAUGGACUUCACAAGCUAUCAAACUCCAAGAGCACAUAGGCCAUUUAAUUAUAUUCACUCCUAGCCUUUUAUUUUGAGUCACAAUAAAAAUUUUUGUUAAAAAUUGGUAUCAUGACAUUAGAUUUUAGGUAUACAUUUUUCAUUGUCAAGCUCAUAUUGCCCUUGUUUUAAGAGUGAUAAUAUACCCCCCUUUUACAUUUUUAAAACAUUUUAUGACCUUGGUUUAUUAAAUGUGAGCUUUUAUGGUGUAAACAUUGUUCUAAAUCAUGACCAUCAAGGUGUGUCUGCUAAAUCUUCAGCUAAAUGAAAGCUGCUUGCCUGAGAGCUGAAUAUAUAUCGUAAGUUUUGAUGUAGCAACAUGCCUUUAAACAGAAAAACAUAUCAGAUAUUUGAUUAAGUGUUUCAUAAGGCUUCAGGGCAGUGCAAACUUUUCAUAUUGGCUACAAACUGUUAAGACCAGUUGAUCAUUUUUGUUAUACAGUAAAUCAGUUUUACUUUUACCAGUAUCAAGGGGGAAAAAAGUGGGGAGUGGGGGGAGGGUUUGAACUAAAUCUAUUUGAACAUAUUGACACAAGCAUGAAGUGUAAUAGCAAAAUCUAUGGUGACACAACAUAUUUCAUUAAAACCUUUCAUUUUUAUUUUUAAUAUCCACUUUUUCUUUGUUAAAACAUACAUUUCCAAGAUUUAUGUGAUCAUUAAUGAUUAUGGUACUUGAAGAUAAUGUGUGCAAGCGUUGAAGAUUCUCUGAUGCUGUCCAUAUGAAUAAAACAUACAAAACAGUAACUGCACUGUCACUGACAUCUGUGGAUUUGUUUAAUAGCAAUGAAAGUAACUUAUUAUCAUCUUGAAAGAUAUCCUCCAUUUUCAGUUUAAUGAUAUGGGACAUGUCUUUAAUACGAUUAAUAGUGUUUUCUGUCACAGGGGCAUUGAUAACAUCUUUCUCAAAUCUGGGUUGUAGUGUUUUUUCCACAGUAGCAUAUCAAGAUUUUGGCAAAUGUGUGUCAAUGAUUGUUUUUAACAAUAAUUCAUUCAACCCAGUAACUUAUCUCUUGAGAAUUCAAAUGUCUUCAUUCUUGAAGACUUCUUUAUUUAUUUUAAACAUUCAGUGAAGCAUUCUACAAAUUUUAUUACUGCUAUAUAUAUAUGCGGAAAUACAGUUUGAAGAUAUGUUUUACGAAAACAAUGUGUAAAAUAGUAACAUUGCGUAACAUUACGUAAUUCGAUGUGACAUUUUCCAGUCUUAGAAAUGACAACCCCUAUCAAAUCGACUUAAACAAUUGAUUAUUGAAGUUUACCACAUUGCAACUUCUAACUGUUCAUCCCAAAUAUUAUCUUCACCAAACCUUCUUGGCUUAAUUAGAAACAUAUCCAUUGCUCAUAAAAUUCAAUUUGAUUAAUAAAUUGUUCAUUUAAAAAAAAAAUGUAAGAUUUAAAAAUAUAUAUAUGAACAUUAACAUCUUUGCACCAGCUGUUCAGGUGAUACCCUGCGGGAUAUUCCUUAGAGGUGCCAGGGAACAACUUGUUGUAGGUGACAUAUUACGCAUUAUCUUCAAUUAUAAUUUAUCCAGAGCAAAGACUUAUAUCAUCAUCAUCAGUGGUGCUACAGCCAAUGUAGGGCCCUGGCCUGCUCCACCACAUCCUUCCAUUCCAAUCGAUCCAUGGCUGUCCACCUCCAUGAGUAAAUCCUUCUCUGCAUCGUCGAUCCAUCACAUCCAUCUCAGUCUUGGAUGACGAUGAGCUGUCUGCCCCUAGGCUUCUGCCUGUAUAUCACUUUUGUGGCUCCACAAUCUGGCAUCCUUUCAAUGUCCUGUCAAGGGCAGUCUGCCUUUUUUUAUUGAGCAAAGACUGUUAAUUUUUUUAAAUACACAGAUCAAUUUCAGUCUAAACUUGUUGCUAAAGUCAGAAUUGAAAUGCCUAUUCAACUUCUACGAAAGUGAUAUCAAGAGUUUUGUGAAUGUUGCUGCUGAUUAUUUUGGAAAUCAUUGCUUUAGCAUAUAGAGGCUGCCUGUAGAAACUAUUGUGGUAUGAGUUCAAAUGAAUUUUCAAGUAGCAAAACAAGUAAUCAAAUAACCAUUAUGAUCUUUUGGUCUCUCAUCUGUGAUAUGAUAUGAUUAUACAUUUGAUGAUAUUGUAAAAAACAAAUUAAGA